UGUCAGACCAUACUAGUACAUUGAUCGAUUUCUCCUCAAAUCGAGCCAAGCACGGUUAAUUGAUGCAGAAAAAUGGAGCUGCUGUGUCUGCUCAUACCGUCUUUCUUUCUGUUGCUGAAUGGACUUGAAUUUUGUCUUUCUGAUAACGAAAAACGUUGGCAGUCAUUCAUCAGGUGGAUCACAGAAGCCACAAAUAAUUACCAGCCAUGCAGUCAGGAGAACUGCAGCUGUCAUCUGAGUGUCAUGAAAGAUGACCUUAGGCCAUUUAAAAAUGGCAUAUCUGAGGGGCUCAUGGCAGACACAGUCCAAAGAGGUGUUGGUACGCACUACCAGGUAAUAGGUAACAAGCUGUACAGAGAACAAAGCUGCAUGUUUCCAGCAAGAUGCAGCGGUGUUGAGCACUUCAUCCUAAAAGUGAUUGACAGGUUGCCAGAUUUGGAGGUGGUGAUUAAUGUGCGUGACUAUCCACAGGUUCCUGGAUGGGUUCAGCCAGUCUUGCCUGUACUUUCCUUCAGUAAGACACCAGACUACCAGGACAUCAUGUACCCUGCAUGGACAUUCUGGGAGGGAGGUCCUGCUGUAUGGCCCAUCUACCCCACUGGACUAGGCCGAUGGGAUCUCAUGAGGGAUGACCUGAAAAAAUCAGCUGCACGAUGGCCCUGGAAGAAGAAAAGCCCAAAAGGAUUCUUUAGAGGCUCUAGGACCAGUUCAGAGAGGGACCCUCUGAUCCUUCUCUCAAGGGAAGCCCCUGACCUUGUGGAUGCAGAGUACACCAAGAACCAGGCCUGGAAGUCAGAGAAGGACACUCUGGGUAGACCCCCGGCGAAGGAAAUUCCCCUAGUUGAACACUGUGAAUACAAAUACCUCUUUAACUUCAGAGGUGUUGCUGCUAGUUUCCGUUUGAAGCAUCUGUUCCUGUGUGGCUCACUGGUUUUUCACGUCGGGGAAGAGUGGCUUGAGUUCUUCUACUCUCAGCUCAAACCCUGGGUUCACUACAUCCCUGUCAAACAGGACUUGUCUGACCUCAGCUUGUUGAUGUGUACCGCACGGCGGCAGGAUUUAUGUGGGGGGACAGAUGCAAAUGGACCUGGGGGCUCACAUCUGGGUCCUCUCGAGGCUCUUCUUGGGCUCACUCUUCCUCGUGUGUAUGCGGCUGAUAGUACCUCUGCACAGGUACUAUCCACACCACAACACAUAGGCAAGCCAGAGUUCCCUGACACAGGAUGGGACCGCAUCAAAGAUCUUUUUAGCAGGGGUGAAGGUGAGAUGUACUCAGAGGAGUUAAGGAAUAUAGUAAAGUGUGGAAUUGCUGCAGCGAUAGUAGGGAUGGUCUAUGGAGGCCUACCAGGAGCCAGACAUGCUCGUGAGAGAUUUAUUCAGCUCAGCCAGGCUUCAAUGUACCAGAACAGAGUGGAUGCGGUGCGCUCUGCACAUAAUGCAGCUAUUCGUGGGUUUGUGAGCCUUGGCUCGAGGUGGAGCUGGAGGGUAGCAGCAUUUGUGACCCUGUUUAACACUGUAAAUACUGGCUUGACAGUGUAUAGAAACAAAGACGCUCUGAGCCAUUUCACUGUUGCAGGUGCUGCAACAGGAGGAUUGUUCAGGCUGAAUCUGGGACUUAGAGGGCUGCUGGCUGGUACAGCCAUAGGAGCUGUGAUGGGGUUGCCGGCUGGAGUUUUAAUCAUGGGUCUGCAGAAGCUGGGGGGCGAGACUAUACGUGACAAGAGGCGACGAGAAAGACAAGAGUUAUAUGAGCUGAGAGUCACUGAAUGGAAUGCUCGUCUAAAGCUUACAGAGGAUCUAAUUGGAGAAAUGAGGAGUGAGAAACACCAGGACACUGAUAAUGACCUUCAAAGAAUAGAGGAGCUGCUUAGUCAACCAAGGAAUGAGAAAGGGGAAAACGCAGUAACAUCAGAGACUUGAGAGUGCUAAUAGAAAAAAAACUCAAUG